AUGGGAAAUUUGCCAAAAGAAAGAACUUCAUUUUCCCGUCCUUUUCUUCAGGUGGGAGUUGAUUUUUGCGGUCCCUUUUUUACAAAAGAGCACCGCCACAGUAAUAGAACUAAAAUUAAAACCUACGUUUGUGUUUUCGUAUGUCUUGCGACCAGAGCUGUUAAUUUAGAAUUAGCUAAUGAUUUGAGUACAGAAGCAUUCCUCGCUUGUCUUAAACGUUUUUUCUCACGUCGAUGUUUAUCAAGGUCAAUUCAUUCCGAUAAUGGAACUAAUUUUGUUGGUGCUAACUCGACAUUAAAAGAACUAUUUAAAGAAAUUGAUUCAGUUACGAGAAACAGCAAUAUACAAGCUUAUCUUUCUGAAAAAGGAAUCAGCUGGCAUUUUAUUCCACCGAGAGCUCCACAUUUCGGUGGGUUAUGGGAAGCAGCGGUAAAGUCAUUUAAAUCACAUUUUACACGUAUUGCAGGAAACUCGUUAUUAACUUAUGAGCAACUUCAUACAUAUGUCGUUGAAAUCGAAGCAAUCCUUAAUUCCAGACCAUUGACUCCACUUUCCUCAGAUCCAAAUGAUUUACUUCCUUUAACACCUGGUCAUUUUUCAAUUGGAAACUCUUUGACGAGCUUACCUCAACAUGAUCUACGCAACAUUCUAACCAAUCGUCAUAGUUGCUGGGAAUUAGCGCAACAAAUGAGGCAACAUUUUUGGAGCAGGUGGCAUAAGGAGUAUAUCAAUGAACUGUUGUCUCGUAGUAAGUGGCAAUCGCAAACUGAUCAAACCAACAUAAAAUUAGGUACUAUGGUAAUGGUCAAGGAUGACGACCUUCCGCCAAUGAAAUGGAAAUUAGCGCGUAUUAUCGAACUUCAUCCUGGAGACGAUGGGAUUGUGAGAACAGUAACAAUAAAAAGUGCAUCCGGAGUUUACAAACGCGCGUUGCGAAAUUUGUAUCCUCUUCCAAUUGAUUAA